AUGUCACCUUCUAACGAAACACCUGUCCAUGUAGAUACGCCGCCAACUGAGCCGGUAGUCGACAAGGAACUUACAGAUCCUAACCCUAACGAUACUGAUAAAAACACAACACUGGUAGAUCCACCUCAAUCAAUUCCACUACCUCCGUUCGUUUUUCCAAAAAACAUUCGUAAUAUAUAUAUUAAUCCCGUAACAAACCUUUCAACAAUUCCAACUUCAAGCGAUUCAACCAGAUCUACCGAUGAUCCGACUCCAAAAUGGGAUGAGAUUUGUUUUCAGUGGUGCAAACAACAAGAUAAAAAUCGAGAACACGGAAUAAAUCCAAAUUGUAAAAUGUUUUGCCUCAGAAAAAUUAAUAACAAUAUGAAAAAUGAAUUUUUUAAAAAGAAGCUUGCUGUACAUGAAGAACAUCAAUUAGAACAAAAUAGAAAAAAUCAUACUGAAAAUGUUGCCCAAGUGUUAUAUGGAAAAGAAGGUGAUGAAGAGGGUGUAGAUUACUCCCAAGCUG